AUGGCUAGCUUCACUGCCUCUGCUUCCACCAUCUCCGUGGCUCGUCCUGCUCUUCUUCUCAAGCCCACCGUCGCCGUCUCUGCUCCUGUUCUUGGUUUGCCUCAAUUGAGUAAGAGGAAGGGAGGAGUGAUAUGUUCUAUGGAGACAAAGCAAGGAAACGGCACAGCCGUGGGUGCUGGAGUUUCAGCGGCGGCAACGGCAGCUUUGACGGCGGUGAUGAGUAGCCCGGCUAUGGCUUUGGUGGAUGACAGGAUGUCAACGGAAGGAACAGGAUUGCCAUUUGGGCUCAGCAACAACCUCUUGGGUUGGAUUCUGUUUGGAGUGUUUGGUUUGAUCUGGACUUUCUACUUUGUCUACACUUCUUCUCUCGAGGAGGAUGAAGAAUCUGGUCUUUCGCUUUAA